AUCCACCUUCUCAGUCUAGUAUCCUUAAUGCUGAGGCUCAUUAAGUGGUUGCAUGAGUUGCUCUGUCCUUGUCCAUAUUCUUCGCCAAACAUUAUGAUCUCAUGAUCCUGCAUCAAUUAGAUCUUUUAUUGCAAAAUUACAAAACCUAUUGAAGUAUGUGUAUCAGUUGUCUAGUCCAAUAAUACAAGCUUUACUUAGUUUGGCACUAGAUGACGUUGUAUAAUGUGUCUAAUAUUAUUAAUUUAAUUACCCAUGUAUUUCAUAAUUUUUGGUCGGGUCACUUUAAGAAACGGUUUCAUUUCAACCGGUUAGCAACUGAAUAUUCUGCCGGGAUCUAUAUGGGUAGGUGUUACUUCUAGAUGAAUUAACACUGGUAAGAUUACAGAGUUAGUAAUGCAAUUUAUGUGCAAAAUGCUUUUAUACAAUUUCAAAUUUCAAACAAGCUGAGGGCUGACUUGAUGGAAAACAAUAACCGUCGUCUAUAGACAUGAACACCAGAGAAUACAUUAUAAUAUAAAUGAAUCUCACACGUUGCCAUUGCUCAGAAUUAGAGUGUUAUACCUCCGUAUCCAAUAGUUUUAUAUUUCAUUCUUCAAAUCAUGUAAGCAUAACUGAUAAACAGCAAAAACACUUUGCACAAAGUCUCCCUCUGGUAAGUCAUUGUAUUAGAUUUGUUUAUAAAUACUAUAAUUAAGUGACAAAGAUGGAAAAUAUUAGCCUAUAAAUAUGAAUAGCAACAGUGACAUCACAGAAUACACCGUGCUAAUCAUAGUACCCUUUAUAUAUUACCAUAUUAUGGCACUAUAUUCCAUCAUAUUCAAUCUUACCUUAUCAUUAUAUACUGUCAUAUACAAUAUCAAAUCUUUAAACCGAAAUUUAGCAAUGCAAAAAUAACUGCUUCAUGGCAGAAAUACGAGUGGGACAGAGUUGUCCAAGCAGACAAUUUUUUAUGAAAUCUCAUGCCUCAAAUAAGAAAUAAUAUUCUUGAAGUUAAUUUGUUCAUAUACGAUAAUCUAGUGACCUCUAAAGUAGUUUGUCUCAAUGUCACACUACAUCAUAGAGAUGAACAAUAAAAUAGAACUUAAAUAAGAUAUACUGUUAACCUUAUUGAUAUGAAGCAAAAAGUUUAAAAUUGAAUAGAAUAAAACAAAACUCACUGCGCGCAGAUAAUACAUAGUAAUGACAUGUGUGACAGACACGAUCAAAACAUCAAUUAAAUUGAACGCGAUUCAGUUGUAAACGUGUUGUAACGCGCUCAACUUGUUUAUACCAAGAACGAAAUGUCUAAUGCUAUAAAAAAUGUACUGCUCAUAAUAUUGAUAAGUGUCGAAGUCAAACUGGAAUUAUAUAUAACUGAUAGUCCAAUAGAAAGGAUCGGGGGAAGGUUUUACAAAAAAGAAUUACUAACAAAUGAAUUCGUCGCACCUAAAGAGUUAUCAUACGACUCGUCGAGUAGAAAUUUAUUUUUCAUGUAUAUGGACGAUGUAAUACAGAAUUCUGGUAGAGCUUUCAUAAAUGUAGUCACAAAAGAGGCGGUGAAAAUUAAAGGAAUAGAAAGGAACAAAGCUACAGCAGUCGAUCCCGAUACGGGUGAAGUUUACUUUGGAUCAGAUAAUGGACUUUAUAAAUAUGACCCAAUAGAUAAGAAAGCUGUAAACGUAGGUUUGUAUAAUGUGAACAUAAUGAAGAUUGUAAUUAGAAAUAAUGAAAUGUAUUUAAUUGAUGCAAACAAUCAUAAACUGUAUAAAGUGUACGACGAAGGAGCGAGAACUGUUUCAAUUGCAAAUUACAAAACCGUGAUGAAUUUUGAUGUGGACAGUUUUGGAAAUGUGCACUUCGUUACUAUGUGCGGGUUAUUUUGUGCAGUUAAAAGGAGCGAGGUAGUGAAGAAUAAAGAUUUGCCUACAGCGUACCAUUUUAUAGUUGGGGAAGAUAAGACUUAUGCUAUUUACGAUGACGGACUUUAUAAUAUUGAUUGUCUCAAUGGCACCGCAGAGAGGGUUGCCGAUCUUCACUUCGAUCCCAGGAGUAUAAUAUUCGGUGAUUACGGUGAUGUAUUUUAUACGGAGGAUGAUAACAUAUUUAUGUUAAAACCUAUACGCUCUUAUCUAUUGUACAGGAAGAAGUAUUCAUAAUUAACAAGGACAAAUUAAAACUGUACAUUGUAGAUAAACCGAGAUAUUUAUUAAAUAAAUUAUUGUCAAUAA